AUGGCUCAGCCAGUGACGUAUCCCGCCGCGAUGCAGCAGCCCGCGCAGUACGUCCAGUCCGGAACGCAGUACCUCCAGACCCAGGCACAGUCUGGACAGCAGUACCUCCAGACCCAGGCGCAGGCCGGACAGCAGUACUUCCAGAACGCACAGCAAGCCGGCCAGCAGUACAUGCAGAACGUCGGCAGCAACCUGCAGCAGGCCCAGUCGAUGGUGGUGAGCAACUUCAACCAAUUUGGACAGCAACUUGGGUCGGCCCUGGAUCACGCUCAGGGCAAGUGGUUUGCACCGGGCGAGGCCCUGCCGCCCGGGUUCCAGAUCACUUCUCAUCCCGAGGGCCACACGGAGCCGCAGGGCCACCACGCCAUGUCGGAUGCCGUCGCGUCCAUGAAGGGCUUCACCAAUAAGCUGGGCGCGACCUUCAACGACACGGCCAACGCUCUGGCAGGCAGCAGCAGCAAGAAGUCCAAGAAGAGCAAGAAGAAGAAGUCCUCCGGCUGGUGCUAA